CGGAAAUUGCAGCGCCGCUCCUAACUGUCACUGGUGACGCAUCCGCCAUUCAUAGGAAUGAAAAUUCUCCUAUCGAGUGAGUAUGACAUCAAAAUCGAUACUAAAAUACUACCGGUCCAACAUGUACCUUGGCAUGUGCCGGAAACUCCCGAGACAAGCUAAGGGUCUAACUUGACCGAAUGGUACAGGAACAAGUAAUUUCACCCAUGUCUGCUGCUAACACCUUAUCUGAGUUCUCUGGUGGUUGUUUCACAGAAACAUACAACGAUAAGAUUAUGCCUCGACACCAAAGACUUCAACAAGGGAUUCAAAGGGAAUUUCGAAUAAGAUCAACACCGAAAGUAUUCCAAAGAAAGAUGGAUGAACUGAAGAAAGAAACUGCUGAUGACGCAAGAGGAAGAUGAUAUCAACGUUCCAACAAUUUCGUAAAAGAUCCUGGAAAAGCGAACAAAAACAAGGCUCCAACAACCACUCGGGGUGGAUGUAUUGUUUUUGGACGCAAAUGUUGUUGUGAUAUUGUCAAAACUGUAGCCCAUCUCGUCAUUAAACAUUGAUUAGAAAAUAAAUUAGUCUAAAGGGGCUUGGUUGCUACGUGGGUGUAAGUAACUUGAUAUACUUGAAUGCACGCACGUUUGCGGAAAUUUGAAUGCGCGCACGUCAUUAUGUCGUCAUAUCAUGUGUAAAUACUAAAACAUAAUAAGGUCGCGCAAAGCUGUAUCGAGGUAUAAAUUGACCUGACAGAUCUAAUACUUACUCUGUUUUUAGAGGUGGAGAGCUUGCUAGCCGUACGUAAACAAAAAAUUGGUAUAGAAGGUAAGAACGACAUUAUGUUUUAUGUUUUUUAGGCGGUCUUAUUUUAUAGUUUUUAUUUUAUUUUGUUAUAUUAUCGCAAUAAGUGUUAAGAUAUUCCUGAAACCAUUCGAUGGGUGACAAGCAAAUCCGGUAUCAUGUGUAAACUGAGGUUUUGAAACGGAAGGUCAAAACACAAUGCGUUUGCAAACCAAAGUACUGUAAGUACAUACAUAUAUAGUAUAGACAAUGAUUUGUUUUUGCGUUUAGCAAUAGGUGCGCGAAAUAUGUUUCAUAUAAAAGUGACCUUAGAAUAAUUCGCGCUAUUUAAUUCUUGCAUGAUUCAAGACAAGUCCUGUGCUGUUUUUUAUUUGUUCAGCUGCCAUGCACAAAGUAGGCUUAAAAUCUGCGCUAAGUUAAGACAACAUUUAUUAAAUCGUUAGUCAUUAUAUUUGCAUGUCUAUAUAUUUUCUUGUUCAGACUGAAUCCGCACAAAUUUGAACUAAUUAAUCAAUGUUAGUUAUUGUUUUUUCAUUACAGAUUGAAAUAAAAAAAAAAUGGGACUACUGUACAACGUCAUCGCCCUCGUCUUUCUGUUACAGAUGCAGGUAUUAAAGUUAUUAAGUAGUACUCGAUCUAUCUAGCAAACCAAUUCCUCCGCACAACUUUAAUUUCCGCUCGAUCUCUGGUUCAUAAGCUGCUGCAACCAGGCAACUGCAACUGCUGCAACUGUAUUUCGUCUUUUUUAAUUAGAUUAAGGCCCACGUCAAGCCUUAAAUUUUUAUCUAUAGAAGUUCCUAUUAUAAUAUAAUAUUAUUAAAAUAUUACGAUAUUGUUCUCACUUCUGUGAACAAAUCAUACCUUAUAUUUACUUGAUAUUUUUCAUUCAUUAAUCAUUAUAUAUAUAUAGCCAAAUCAUAUACAGAAUUCAUACACAGAACUACGCAGAACGCAACUUCGUCUGAGUAUAGUUUUGCGUGGACGAACUAAAACCCCAUAUAGACCAGCAUGCAAGUUUUCCUUAACAUUCAAAACCUAGUCAUGCCAGCUUUUUCAGCAAGGUCAAGGAAAAUUGUUCCGUGCAGUGUGUACGGUAGGGAUGGGCCGAUACGAUACUAAAUACUCGAUACCAUCGAUACCAGGGUUUUGAAGAAAAGUAUCGAUACUGGCAAGAAAUAUCGAUGUUUCGAUAUUUUCUGCUUUUUAAUUUUGGUCAGCAGCAUCAUCAUGAACAUGAUACCAAAAGCCUAAAUAGGCGUAAAAAUAGUUCAUUUUCUAUGGUGCUAUAAUGGUCCACGGGCAGGAUGGGAGUGUCUGGUUAUGUUGGUUGCAAUCACUGACAUAUAUUAUUCAAUGUUUAUAUUGUUAGCGUUGUUGCCGUUGUUAAUGAUUUCAAGUUGGGAAAAUAUCGAUAUCGGUAUUGAUAUCGAAAAAACCCGGCAAAUAUCGAGCAAAUAUCAUAUCGAAUGAAAAAGCUGGUAUCGCCCAUCCCUAGUGUACGGCCAUCAAGGGACUCUGAUAAGUAAUUGCGUCACUGCACACUCAUCUUCGAGCGACCAUUGCCAUUAAAUCUCGUUUAUUUUGAAAUUUGCUUUGGAAGUGUGGUAUCCACGUAAUAAUAAUAAUUUCAGCUAUUUUCAUAUUGUCAUGAAAUUGAUCACUUGCUUAAAUCACAGGGCUCGUAAAAAACUUGCAAGGAAAAUUGAUCGAAAAAACUUGUAUGAUUGAUAUACCUGGUUGCAGUGAACGAACAAAGUAUAAACUCGUCAAGAAGCUUGUCCAGGAAAACAUGCAGCCUCGUACCCAGGCGCAAAUAACUAAAAAUAUGCACACUACAGUGCUUUUAUAUAGAUCAGUGGCUAAGUUGAGCGAGCGCGCGAGGGUGCUUGGGAGGAUGCAGCGGGUUAGCUGAGGCUAGUGGGCUAGCUUCGUUUCCUGCGUCCUCCCCAAGCACCCCCGCGCGCUCGAGCCAGUGAUCUAUACAAAAACACUGUAGUGUGCCUAUUUUUAGUUAUUUGCGCCUGGGUACGAGGCUGGAAAACAUGCUGGUCUGGAAGGGGUUUAUUAAAGCAGAUUAGAGAUUUAGAUCGAGAACGCGGACGUCAAAGACGACGUGAAAAUUGUGUCAAAAUGUAAUUUAAUUGCAUGUUCUAAUAGAAUAUGUCUAAUUGUUUGUCUUGACGCGUAGGUUCAGUUUAUAAAAAUUAAUAAAUAUUUUUUCUUAGCAAAACUACUUCGCCCAGACGGAUCAUUUGUCUCUUGUUUUACUUUUCAUUCAUUUGGUUAGAGCUCUUGAGGAAUAUGUGUUUUAUUUUCAAAAUGAAGUUAAUAAAUUAAGUCUUUUGCAGAAUUGCGAAGCUUCUCAAGAUGUUUCCAGCUCAACACGUAGUUGUCUUGAUCUACUCAAGAGAGGCAUCAAAACCAACGGACAUUACCAAAUUUUUGACCAAACCAACGACCGUUUUAUUACCGUGUACUGUGACAUGGAAUCGGAAUUAGGGUCUGCCUGGACCUUAAUUGAAUCUUUUGCUCUGAAAAACAAAGGAGUAGAUCAAAUACGCAGACAUCCUCUGCAAACCAACGCACCAGUGAAUGAAAAAACACCCAACUGGAACAUCUACAGAAUGUCGUUAUCACAGAUGAACGCUCUCAAACCACACUCCACUCACUGGAGAGUAACAUGCAGUCUCCCUACCCAUGGCGUGGACUAUAGAGAUUACGCAAGAGCCAACUUUGUAGAUUUUGAUGUCAUGACGUUCUUAGGAGAUGCGGUGUGUAAAAAGAUGGAAUUCGUAAAUAUUCGUGGUCAUCAAUGCGCUCAAUGUACAGCAACGUGGUGGCAAAAAAUUAACACGUAUCCCCCAACAAUUGAUAGUUCAUAUCCAAACAACUGUCAAUUAGUGGCAACCGUAGGAGCCGUGUCGAGUGAAGAUAACUUUGGAUUUUAUAGCUCCAUUAACAACAAAUUCCGCUGUUCGGCUGGUCCGGAUUCGACCACUAACUGGUGGUUUGGUGGAUACUUGUGAACAUUUACGGAUAUUCUGUUACACUUAAUUUUAUAUAUAUUCCACAUGAUAAUAUACUACAGAAUAUCAUUAAUAAACAAUCGAUAUAAUUUUUUAAACUAUAAUUUUAAUCAUUUUAACAGUUGAUGUCAGUCCAGUGCAAAUGUGUAUACUAAGUAAGAAAUCAUUGUGUAAACCGCUUAUAAAUGGUGACUGAAUACAUUCGUGGGGGAAAUAUCCAUCGGCGUAUGGGAGGGGAGAAUUUG